GCCAAACCCCAAUUGGAAAAGCAGAGCAGCAAAGCAAUAGUAGCAGUAAGCAGGGCACCACCGCAUCAGGUGGUUGCGGCAGAGGAAGUAGCACAGCACCACAAAAUGCGCAGGGUUGCGCUUUCUCCUUCUUCAAUCUUCUUUCUAAUCAGGCGUUUUUCUCUCAACCCUCUUUUUCCCAACUCCCCUUUUCUCCAUACACCCUGCUUCCCUAUAGUUCUACCCAAGGAUUUCGCCCAAGAUCCUCCUUUAGGGCCACUCCUUCGAGUUUCCUCUAUUUCAGGCUACCGAGGCUUCCACAGUAGUCUGUUUUUGGACAGCGCUAGUACUGAUGCAGAUACCUUAAAGAAAUCUGAGAGAAGCUCUACUUCACAGGAUGCAUCUACAAAGGUAAAGAGGAAAAAACUAAAGGGAAAGAGAGCAGUUGUAAGGUGGCUAAAGCACUUCAGGUGGAAGAAGAAGAAGGAGCAUCAGAGGAUGACUGCUGAAGAAAAGCUCUUAUACAAGCUAAAUAAGGCUAGGAAAAAAGAAGAAAGACUUGUUGAGGCACUGAAGAAGUUAGAGCCAAAAGAGUGGUCAGAGGCAACUCAUGAUCCCGAGGUGUUGACGCCAGAAGAGCAUUUUUACUUUUUGAAGAUGGGCCUCAAGUGCAAGAACUAUGUUCCUGUCGGUAGAAGAGGGAUAUACCAAGGUGUAAUCCUCAACAUGCAUUUACAUUGGAAGAAACACCAAACACUACAAGUAAUUGUAAAGACAUUCACUCCUCAAGAAGUUAAGGAGAUAGCUACUGAAUUAGCAAGAUUGACUGGUGGAAUCGUACUAGACAUUCAAGAAGAGAACACGAUAAUCAUGUACAGGGGAAAGAACUAUUCACAACCUCCAGCAGAAAUAAUGUCACCACGUGUGACCCUUCCUAGGAAGAAGGCAUUGGAUAAAUCUCAGUAUAGAGAUUCUUUGAGGGCUGUUAGAAAAUAUAUUCCGAGGCUUGAGCAGGAACUUGAGCUGCUCCGCGCACAGGCUCAAAACAAAGAGAAUCAUGCUUCCGAGCUAGCUGAAAAUCCUACAAUUAUAUCAUCUGAUACGCAUGAUAUUUCUUCUGCUCCCUUAUCAAGCCUGGAGUCGCCCCCUUCAAACAAACUUAGAGAAUUGAUGGAUCAAUAUGAUAAAACUGUGGAGGAUGAUGAUCCAUUCACAGAUGAAAGCGUGAACUCAGAUUCAGAAGAUUUAUCUGACAUUUUUGAGACAGAUUCAGAUAGUGCAGAAAAUGUAGAGCAGCCUCUAUACUUACAUGAGUUCGAUAAAUUACCUGCCAAGAUUACUGACACAGAAACAUUUGCGAAAGAUCUCCGUCAGAUGUCAGUAGACUCAAAAAAGACUGAAAUAUCAAGUGAGAACGUUGACCUAGCUGAUUUUGAUGAGGUUGACCAGGUCUUUUUGCGAGCAGCUGAACUUUUGAAAAAGAAGAGACGAUGAAGAUUACAGAGUGGAUGGCCAUGAUAAUGUCAAAGUUGAGGAAUUCUUUCAGCAAAUCAAGGAUUCUGUUUGUCCUUCAGUGCCAUGGCCUUCAGUGAGGUGAUGACUCGGUAUGUCUGUGGGGCAAAUGGUGAAGGUUUCUGCAGUUAGCGAAGAUCUGAAGUUCCAAAAGGUUGGCCAGAUCUGUUAACGUAUAAACCUUUGGAGAAGUUCUUGUGCAGUAACUCUCAACAGCAAUGUUGUACGAAGAAGCAAUUUAAUUGAGUUGGGCUGGGAUCCAUAAUUUGAUGAAGGUUGGACGGUAUCCAAACCAUGCUAAUUAUAUCCGUGAGCACAGAACACCUUACCUAUUUUUUAGAAGCUGAAAAAGUGUUACUCGGAUAAUGACGUACUUCUACUUCCGUCGUCAUAUUGCAUGCUGGAUUGGAAAACAAGGAUGCGGUUGACUAUAGAUACGUAGAUAUUUGAGGAUAACUGAGCUAAUUUGGUUGAAAUGUGCCUAUUGUGUUAACAUACAUGAUGUGGGGGAAUACCGAAGAUGCUACUGAAGUCAUGGAUCAGCAGGGGAAGACCUCAACAACCCUAUUUUUUUUGCAAUUUCCUCUGUGAACUGUACUUUUACAACCUUAAUAUUGGCGAAUACUUCUGCUGAAGCUGGAUUUGCAGAAAGUGUUCAACGUUUCAAUCUGAAACAGGAAUCCUGAUAUAAUCGAUGAACAUAAACAGUCAUGUUAGUUAAGAGGUUUUACUUAAAAGACUACCCGCGGUCUUGAGAAGAGCAUAGAUGGAUGAAUCCUCCAUCUCUAGUGGUAUUGAGAAUUUGAGAUGUAGCUUAUUAGCCUGCCUAAUGACAGUUUUUGACUUCUGAUAACAAACAUCAGACUUGUUUCGGAAUAAUAUUUUGAAAAAUUCUCUUGAAGUUGUAAUAUGUGUAUCUUUGAUGGAAAAAUAAAUCUCACAAUCAGUUAGGUUAAUCCACACUACCAAAAUUAGAGUUGACUUAGUGAAAAUGAGUUAAUUUGUAAAAUUCAGUUUCAA